GCAUUCAGCGUUACGCAAUCACACCGUGAAACCAAUUAAAAGUACUUUAGGCGCUCUUGUUUGACUUCGUCUGCUUGAAAAUGUCACAGUCUUUUGGUGUUAGAUGUUUAGAUUUAUCUCAAAGUCAAACCCCUGUCUUAUGUGUGAUGUAAUGUGCCUUGAAUAUGACGAAGAUCAAGAAGUACAAGUGUAAAUCAAUCGUGAAUAUUUGUGCAUAAUUUCACCUUUCAAAUCUCAUGAGACAGUGAAAGAAAAGCAGCCAUCAAGAUGGCAUUUGAUGUAAUAUCAGACCGAAGAUUUAGAGAGACGAGAGUUCCGAUGGACUCAGCCGGACAGCAGACACAUUCAACUGGUUCCUUGUUGAGACCAAGUCAAGCAUCAAAGAAAUAUGUUCUGUCCCGGUCGCAGGUCUCGACAAACAGCAGGAUGUCUCUUGGCAGGGUGUUCUCUCACCGAGUGUUGACUAAUCACCCCCGGGAACAGAAUCUCGAGUCAAAGCCAUCCUGGGGUCCGAUGGUGGGACAGAUUCCUUCACGAGACCAGGAUGAGGUGGAUGAGGACUUUCUGGGGGAAUCUGUACACUCAGCACAAGAGAAAAGGUCCAGAUUAGCGGGGAAUAUCAGAGCCAAAUUGGGAUUUUGGAAACUCAAGCUUCAUGACUUCAAAAUCUGGUACAGGAGAAACAAGAACAAGAACUGGGAGCUGCCGGUGUUCACGUCGUACAUUAAAACAAUUGAAAGUAACUUUGGAUCUGGAAUUGGCACUUUCUUCGUAUUCACUCGAUGGGUGAUAUUGCUGAACAUUGCUCUGGCUGUAGUGUGGCUGGGAUUCGUUGUCCUGCCAACAGCUGUGGCCUUCGACUACUCGUCCAUAAAAAAUUCUUUCUCCUACUCCAACCUCCUCGACGGACAGGGUCCAGUGGGAGAGUCAUGGGUGUUCUUCUGUGCCUACACCCCCCAGCUGGGAGUCGGACACUUGCAGACAUCAACACACGUCAAAUCCUACCACACCGGCCUCGCCUACCUCACCAUGAUCAUUGUCACGUACUUCGGCAGUCUUUUGUUUAUACUCAGAAGCAUGGCCAGUGGAAUGCAGCCAGCCCAGUCCGAGUCUGCAAGGACCAGGUUUUGCUUUGCACUUCUCACCUUCACGUCAUGGGACCACAGCAUCAGCUCCCCUGAGGCCGCAGUCAACCUGUCCAAGGGCAUUGCCAGCAGCCUGAAGGACAACUUGUAUGGUGCAAAGGCUGCCGAUUUGACUGAACAAUGGACUAGGAGUGAGAAAGUCAAAGUUUACGGUCGUCGAAUUACAGCCUGGUUCAUUACUAUGGUGCUAGUGGGAGCUGGUUGUACAGGGAUCGUCUAUCUGGUUAUCUUUGUCAACUUCACCACAGAUGUGUCCUUAACCAUCAAUGACGUCAGCUUGGAGCAGUACAUGCCCGGCUUCAAGACCUACAUCACACCCAUAUCCUUCAGCCUCAUCAGCAUGAUUGUACCGCUCUGUAUCUAUCAGCUGCCAAAGAUGGAGCAUUAUGCAAGUGGAAAGAUGGAACUGAAUGUUACUCUCAUCAGAAUCUUCACCUUGAGAAUGGCCAAUCUCUUUGCUCUCAUUGUCUCCUUGUAUAACAUCGUCAAUGCACACAGCAAGAAGGACCCCGGUAAGGCCAGCAGCAGCAACUGUAUGGGGACUGUGAUUGGUCAGGAGUUGUACAAACUCGUCAUUAUGGACACCAUCAUUCAUACAGUUGCUAAUGUGCUGAUGAAUUUCAUGAGAUACUACUGGACCAUGAAUAAAAUAGAGUUUAACAUCUCCUCGUCUGUUCUUGUGCUCAUCUACAGACAGGCUCUUAUCUGGAUUGGGACUCUGGCUUGUCCCGUCCUGCCUCUGAUAGGGACGCUAUCAGACCUGGUGUUCUUCUUCCUCAUGUACGGCAUCAUCAAGCACACCGGCAUGCCUCCGAUCAAGCGCUGGGCUCAGUCUCGCAACACAGUCUUCUUCAUGACCUUUCUCCUCCUCUCUCUCAUCUGCAUCCUUGUCCCUGUUGCCAUUGUCAUUGGAAGUCCGAUUCUAGACCUGGGCACAACACACAAUGCCACAGUACGCUAUGGGCCAUUUAGUACUGGCAGCAUGCCAUCGUCAGCAUACCAAGACUUUGUUAAAAGUUUAGAUGUGGAGUGGCUGGAAAAAGUGUUCAUGUGGGGUAUCUCGGACGCGGUGGUGCUACCCCUAUUCUUCAUACUUCUAACGCUGCUGGUGUAUCAGCGCAAUCGCAUCAGUGGGGAGGCAAAGCAUGGAGUCAUCCUACAGGCGGAGCUGCAACAGGAAAGAGAAGAUAACAAGAACUUGAUGAAGAAAAUAAGAAAUAUGAAAGUAUAUUUGUGAAUAAGUUU